CCACCCCCCCCCGCCCCGUCUCCUCAGGGGCGAUGCCGGCAGCGGCGCGGCGCCUCCUCCGCCCGCUCUUCAGCUCCACCUUCAGGAUGGGCGACUCGGCCUCCCGGCUGCCGCAGAAAGAAGAAGCGCUCCCCGGCAGGAGCCAGCGCAUCCCGGUGGCAGUUUACACCCACAAGAAGAGUCUGGUUUCAUCUUCCCUACACCCUCCAGAUAAACACCACGUCAAUGGAAACAGGAUGGUAGAACCUUUCCCAGAGGGAACACAGAUGGCUGUAUUUGGUAUGGGCUGUUUCUGGGGAGCCGAGAGGAAGUUUUGGAGACAGAAGGGAGUCUACUCCACUCAAGUGGGUUACGCGGGAGGGUAUACUCCGAAUCCUACCUACAAAGAGGUCUGCUCAGGUAAAACUGGCCACACAGAGGCUGUACGAGUAGUAUAUCAGCCAGAAAACAUCAGCUUUGAGAAACUGCUCAAGGUCUUCUGGGAGAAUCAUGACCCGACACAAGGAAUGCGACAAGGCAAUGAUGUUGGCACACAGUAUCGCUCGGCCAUCUAUACAUUUUCUCAGGAACAGAUGGAAGCUGCCUUGAGAUCUAAGGAAGAAUAUCAAAAGGUAUUGACAGAGGGAGGCUUUGGUACCAUCACAACAGAAAUCCGGGAGGCUCCGGAGUUCUAUUACGCCGAAGAUUACCAUCAGCAGUACCUCAGUAAGAACCCCGGUGGAUACUGCGGCCUCGGGGGAACGGGGCUUUCCUGCCCUAUUGGGAUCAAGAAAUAGCCUGUGCUUACUCCUCCGCCUCCACUUUGGUUUAGGGAGUGGUUUGAAAACAACCCCUGAUAGGUGUUACCGUAUGCCUGUAGCAUCAGAUUUGGGAAUCUUGGGGUGGCUUUCCGUUAUCCGCGCAGUUUCCCACUCACCGACAGUAACAGCCAAAGCAGAGGCAGAAAUCGCGCCUGUUGGCAAAUGCUUCUUGCUUUGUGCGGCUCACGGGGAUUUUCUUGCAAUCUUGUAAUCUGGAGAGAAAACAACUUAUAAAAUUUGGGCUUGACGUGGCGUUAAAGGGCUGAAUUGCGGGGUGGUGGCACCUGCUAACUGCUUUGCAUAACUAAUGCCUACAGACAUUUAUUUUCCAGGGUUAAUGAAGUUGCGCAUGUUAGGAGCACUUUGACUUCUGUAGACAUGGUUGGGCUCAUCGUAACUAUCACAAUGCUGUAAUAUGUUGUCUUUGAGAAUGAUAAAUGUAUGAGAUCAGUAAUUCUCUCACAAUUCCACUUUCACAGCAACAUGUAGUAUCACCUAGAGUGCCUAUUUUCUGAAAUAAUUUUAGUGAGAAAAAGUAAAAUUGUAAUGGGAUACUUCUUUCUGACAGUUCCAAAAAGUGUUUAAACACAAAAAGAAAUCAGUUUUGUUUCCUGAACUACAAUAAAAUUGCAAAACAAAGAAAAA